AGCUGAUUGGCUGGGGCGGAGGCGGGAAGGACGGAGGGCGCUGAGGGCCGCGGGGCCGCAGUUUUAACCCUGAAGUGAACGGGAGGAAAGCUGGCAAUGCCUUCUGACAGGGCAGAGUAUACAAUUGGGGGGGUGAAGAUCCUCUUCCCCUGCAAGGCUUACCCCUCCCAGCUCGCCAUGAUGAAUGCUAUUGUUAAAGGCUUGAAUAACAGGCAGCACUGUUUGCUGGAGAGCCCCACAGGGAGUGGCAAAAGCUUGGCAUUACUUUGUUCUGCAUUAUCAUGGCAGCAAGCUUUGUAUGAGAAAUCAGUGCCAAGCUCGUCGUGUGACAAGGACAGGAAGGCAGAGCCGUCCCCACCGUGUCACUGCAGGUGUCACUCCCAGCCCAGGAGCAACGAGGCUGCAACGAGUGGGGCUCCCAGUGCUCCCAGUUCUGCCCAGUAUCCUGACACAGCAGCUUCCAGAAAACCUGGCAGCCCACUGGCAAACACAGGAUGUAAUGAAAAGGAAACACUGGCUUCAAAACUGUCUGCCAAAAAGAAGUUAUCCCUUUGUGACAGUGAGAACGAUGAUUUUCAGGUGGACAGGAAAAGGAUUCGUCCUUUAGAAACAGAGCAGCAGCAGGUUAGAAAACGUCACUGCUUUGCCAAAGGAGUGCAGUUUGUUGAUGCUUUAGAGGUUUAUAAUCAGAGAAAAAAUGGAGAGCUGAUUGUUCACUCUGAAAAAAGCAAGAAAAACGCUGCUUCUUCUCCACAAACACCUUCUGGCCCUUGCACUGAGUGUUCCUGUUCUUCUGGGAAAGAGCCUGAUAAAGAUCCCAGCCACACAAAGAAGAAAGAAAACGGAGAUCGGGUGUGUGUUCCCAAAAUAUUUUUUGGGACGCGAACACACAAGCAAAUAACCCAGAUCAGCAGGGAGCUGCAGAGGACAGCGUAUUCCUGUGUCCCCAUGACAAUCCUGUCCAGCAGGGAUUACACCUGCAUUCACCCAGUGGUGUCCAACUGCAGCAACAGGAAUGAAAUGUGUGUAGAAUUGCUGGAAGGAAAACAUGGCAGGUCGUGCUCUUACUACCACGGCGCUCACAAGCUGAGUGAGCACCACGCCCUGCAGCCCGUGUGCCAGGCAUGGGACAUCGAGGACCUGGUGAGCCUGGGCAGGAGGCUCCGUGCCUGUCCCUACUUUGCAGCCAGGGAGCUGCUGCUGGGGGCAGACAUCGUCUUCUGUCCCUACAAUUACCUGCUGGACCCCCAGAUCCGCGACAGUAUGGACAUUCAGCUGAAAGACCAAGUAGUCAUUUUGGAUGAAGCCCACAACAUUGAGGACUGCGCUCGGGAGUCCGUGAGCUACGGGGUCACCGAGAGCCAGCUCCGAGCUGCCCGAGAGGAGCUCGACCUCAUGGUCAACAACAACAUCAGGCAGAAGCACCACGAGCCCCUCCGAGCUGUGUGCUGCUCCCUCAUAAACUGGUUGCAGGAGAGCUCUGGGCAGCUGGUGGAGAGAGCCUAUGAAAGUGCCUGUAAGGUGUGGAGUGGCAAAGAAAUGCUCAGCUUUUUGCACAACAUGGGAAUAACUGGGAUUACUUUUCCCAUUUUACAGAAACACCUUGCUGCUGUCCUGGAAAAAGAAGAAAAGGUAUCUAUGCAUGGGAGAGAGGAAAUUAUUGAGGUGCCAGUUGUGAGCCCUGCAACACAGAUCGUGCUCAAAGGCCUCUUCAUGGUCCUUUCCUGUCUCUUCAAAGAGAACAGCAGGUUUGCAGAUGAUUACAGGGUUGCUCUACAACAAACUUACACCUGGAUGACUGAAAACCAGCGUGAUGAUGCAGAUACAAGUUCCUUCUUCACGAGGCCCAGGCACAAGAAGAGUUCAAGGCAGAAAACCCUUGUGCACAUGCUGAAUUUUUGGUGCUUGAACCCUGCUGUGGCUUUUUCUGACUUAAAUGAAGUUAGAACAAUUGUCCUGACAUCGGGCACACUCUCUCCCAUGGAUUCCUUCUCCUCAGAGCUUGGUGUGAAGUUCUCCAUUCAGCUGGAGGCGAAUCACGUUAUCCGGAAUUCCCAGGUUUGGGUGGGCACGGUGGGAGCGGGCCCCAGCGGGCGCCGGCUGCGCGCCACCUUCCAGCACGCCGAGACCUUCGAGUUCCAGGACGAGGUGGGGGCUCUGCUGCUCUCGGUCUGCCAGACACUGGGCCAGGGGAUUCUGUGCUUUUUGCCAUCCUAUAAGAUGCUGGACAAGUUAAAGGAUCGUUGGAUACACACUGGCUUGUGGAGAAAGCUGGAGGAUGUUAAAACAGUCAUUGCAGAGCCCCAGGGAGGGGCCAAGAGUGACUUUGAUGAGCUGCUGAAAAUCUACUAUGAUGCAAUCAAAUGUAAAGGAGAAAAAGAUGGAGCCCUGCUGAUGGCUGUGUGCAGAGGGAAGGUGAGUGAGGGGCUGGAUUUCUGUGAUGAGAACGCCAGGGCAGUGGUGACCAUCGGAAUCCCCUUUCCAAACGUGAGGGACCUUCAGGUUGAAUUAAAGAGGAAGUACAAUGACCAGCACAAAAGUACAAGAGGCCUUUUAUCAGGGAGUCAGUGGUAUGAAAUUCAGGCUUACAGAGCUCUCAACCAAGCCCUGGGAAGGUGUAUAAGGCACAGAAAUGACUGGGGGGCUCUUAUUUUAGUUGAUGACCGCUUCAAGAAUAACCCAAAUAAAUACAUAACUGGAUUAUCCAAGUGGAUCCGGCAGCAGAUCCGGCACCACGGCAGCUUCGGCAGCGCGCUGGAGUCGCUGCACGCCUUCGCCCUCAGGAACCAGGGCGGGGGGGACCCUUCCCCAGAGCUCAGCACUGCACCCCCUGCACACCCCAGGGACCCCUCGCAGGGCUCCCAGCACGAGGCCACCCCUCCUCUGUCCCCAGAGGUUCCUGCUCAAAGCCAGGAGCAGGAUUUGGGCUCACAAGUUCAUUUUCCUGCAGCCGUCGGCGCAGCUCCUGCCACAGCGUGGGACCGGCCAAGCGACAGCACGGCAGCAGUGCAGCAAAGUGACCAGCAAGUUGAUGUGGAGAGCCAUAGAGGGAAACAUAUGGGCUGCACCCCCCAAAUGCCAGAAAUGAAAAUAGAGACAGAAAAAAUGAAUGGUUGGGCCAGUGCUGAUGCUGUGGAAGAGAAUUGCUGCUCUGAACCACUGACUUCAACUCCUGUGGCCAAGAACUGCAGGGCCACAGCAGGCAGCAGGCAGGAGCCUGUGAGCAGGCCCAGUGACCUUAUUGAUCAUCUCAAUCAGUGCCAGUCAUCAUUAACUGCAGAACACAAACCAGAAUCGUGGUUGGAAUCAGCUCAUUGUUCAGGUCAAAGUGCUGGGGCUGCUGAGGGACAUCCUGGGGAGCUCCAGCUUCCAGCUGAGCCCUGCAGGGAGCUCCCUCCAGCAGCAGGGACAGCUGAGCCUUCAGCAGUCAGUGAGGAGGAGGAGGAGGAUGAGAGCAUUUACUUCACCCCAGAACUCUACGAUGAGGCAGACCCAGAGGAGCAGAGAACUGAGCCCCCAGUCCCAGCCUGUUGCACCACUGGGAAUGGGCUGGAAUGUGGGAACUCCACAGUCCCUGCUGAUCUUUUUGCCACCAGCACCUCAGAGACUCAGAGUGGGACUGAAAGAGCUGAGGCUGGCAGAAAUCCCCGUGGAAUUCUGGAGGAUGUGAGGAGCAGGGACAGUGCAGCAGCAGCAGAGCAGGGAGGAUCUCAGGAGAUGGACACCCCUAAAAGGAAGCUCAGCCUUUCCAGAUCCCGAAAUAAAGGUGUGUCAUCCCUUCUGCUGGGCAGCAGUGGCACCUGGUGACAAUUCCUGUGGGAAUUGUGGUGAGCAGCCCUCAGAACAGCACAGGGCAGCCACACCUGCCUUGUCCUCCUGGAACAAAAGCUCCCCUCAGGCUCCAUUCCUCGUUAUAUUUUUGGGUUUUCACUGGGAGAGUUUUGCAAUGUGCAGUUUUGUAGGGAUAGAAUGGAGAUUCUUCAUCCUGGGUUCAUGGCUAAAGGACAUCAUGGCUGGAAAUUCUGAACAGAAACCCAAGUAGGAUCUGACUUGGAAUUAUUCGUUUGUCCAUUACAGAUUUAAUUAAUCCAUCAUUAAAUACAGUCAAAUGAUUGGGUUUUUCCUCAGAAAGCAAAACACCCAUAUAACCAAAUUGUGCUUUUCUGCAUUUGCUAGAUUGGGGUUUUUUUAGGAAAACAUACAGAAGAUUAUCUUUGCAGAUCAAGUCAUGGAUAGAUUGAGCCUAAAUCCCAAAACAGGUGUAUUCUUCAGUAUUCUUCUUUGAUUCCUUCCAAUUUCUUUCAUCAAAAUGUCCAGCAGGAGCUGUGCACAUUCUGAUAUUUGAUGAAGAUGAGAAGCUUCUUCAGAGAAAAAAAAUGAGGUUUCUUUAAAUUUUCCUUUUUCAUUUCUGUUGGUUGGAUUCUGUGUUUAUUCAUAUCAAAACCUGUUCUCAUUUCUAUGUCCUACAAGCACUUUUUACAUGUGACAUAUAAAAUGUAAAUUGUACUCAAAGGUCUUUGAAUCUCACCCAGUCUGUUUUUUUGAAGUAUUUUAAUGUUUCUUUUAUUUACUGCAAUGAAAACAGCCAGGAUUUUUCAGUAAUAAAACAUAUUGACUAUUCAAGAAAAGAUUCUUCAUUGCCACCCUAUGUUCCUAUGAAGAUGCAGGAUUUUUGCAGUCUAAAGAUUGGUUCAUAUUUUUGUUUGAGAGUAGAAAUGAAAUUAUUAACUGCUCAUUUUCCAUAGAAGUUCAUCUAAAUAAUAUUUUGAAUCCUUCUCUACAGAGCUGUGAACAUGCUCAUAUCAGUAGGAUUUAAAUUAUGCCCUUUCUUUACACAACAAAUUCAUCUUUAUGAAAUUGGACACUUUGCAGGAAAGUCGAAUUUCUUUAACUGCAGUAUUUGGCAUAAGGCAUUUGGUUCAAUUUUUGCAAUAUUGAUGAUCAAGUUUCUGACACAUCUCAAGAGAAAUAUUCUUAAUUUCUCUGUAAAUAGUGCUGAAUUUUCUGCUGGUCCCUGGCCUCUGGAGCUGUCCUGGCAGGUGCUUUGCACAUCCCCAGAAUCCAUGGCUGGAUCCUCAGGAAUCUCAAUCCUCACUUUUCCUAAAGCAAAUCUGCACCAAACCACGUUGGGCAUUUUUGUGUGUCUGAACAGAUAACAGAAAUCACUUAAGCUUUGUGACUUGUCUGCUCAUCCCGUGGCCCACAGCCUCUUAUUUGUCUUUUCAGGAGAUUUGUCUGUCUUUAAAUCCAUAACAUUCAAAAAAAGAAGAAAAUCCAUCUCCUUUUCCUUAUCUGGAGCAGAUUGUUCCUUUCUUGAGCUUGUGGUGCCUCUUCCUUUGAUCAGAAAUCCUUUAUGGCAGUGCCUGCUCUAUGCUAAAUCACACUCAUUUAAACUUUUAAUCAAAUUAUUUCUAGAAUAUGUAUUGAAACAUCAGCACUUAGUGCUAUGAUUUAUUGAAAAAAAAUUCAGUCCUCUAAAAGAUCAACAGGUGGAUCAAACCCCUUUGUGUUCUGCUGGGUUUGGGAGGUGAGGGUGGACUGUUAAUUUGGUGUAAAUUCAUUCUUAGUUUGUCUUUAUAUUUAAUAACUGUGUUAUUUGGUAUUUUAGAAGUAAGAAUAUUCUUUAUAGGUAAUAUAUUUAUGGUAGUUCUCAGAAUUAAAUGCUGCCCAGCCUGCAGAUAGAAGGGAAGUCAGUAUACUGAAUUUCUUACAAUUAUUUCUUUGAAUUUAUCACACCUAUCAAGGCUAAAUUAUUGAAAAUUCUUUUCCUACUUUGAUAUAAUAGCUCAGUAUAAUCUCUGUUGCCUAAAAUAAUAACAAAAUCUUGAAUUUAUUCAAGGAUUGAAAGUUCAGAGGAGAUGCAGCAGAAGGAAAGCUGCCCUUAGGCAAAGUGGCUCCUCCCGAGAGAGAAAGGUACCACAUCCCUGGAUUCAAUUCCUGUUCUGAGUGGCUGCUGAGUGUUAAGGUGCUAGGGAAUUAAGAAUAUUAUAUCAUUUUUCCAGUGAAAUAAUACAGUGAAAUAAUUUCUCCCUGAUACGCAGAGCUCUGGUUUAUGUACUCAAUAGAUACUUUUGUUUCUCGUGGGAAACACAAAGGCACCAACCAUCCCAAGCUCCUUUGCAAAAUUCCCAACAAAUUGAUAGCCUGCAGUGUUACAGGCUGUAAAAUCCCUCAUAUUUUAUAGGAGUGUUUCUAUUUAAGUAAGGUUAAACAUUUUUAGCACGGUGUAUAUUGAAUUAUUAACUAAUAUAAAUGAUAAACAUCAACUCAUACUCCUUUGAGUAUUCCAGAGUCCUGUAUUUCUCUGGAGCAGUUUUGAUAGAUUUCAUUUUAUUUCUAUUUAAAUGCUUCAAUCUGCAUAAUUACUGUAUGCAAAUCAGUAUUUCCAUGCAUUUGUGCAUUGUUAGAAGGAAGCACAGAGCCAGCCUUGCAGGAAGGGAAUUCACUGUGCAGCCUGUGGAGCUGAAAUCCUGCCCAGAGCACAGGGUAAGAUCAGCUCUUCAUGGGAAGGAUGGGAUUUCUCAGCCAC